AUGGCCGAGGAAGGACGAGCCCGUUCCAGGUCCCGAGGACGUGAGGCAGCUGAAUCUGAGACCCCAGAUAUGCCAGAGGGGGCCCCAGGUGUGCCUGAGGAAGCCCUGGGCAUAACAGAGGGAAACACAGGUAUGACUGAGGGACCUCCAGAUAUGUCAGAGGGAGCCCCGGGUGUACCAGAGAGAGUUCCGGAUGAGAUGACUGCCGUGCCACCACCAGCAUCUAGUGGUAUGGAGAUCUUGGAACUCGCUCAGAAGCUCUCGGAGUGUACCACGAAGAUCGGCAAAGUGAUUGAGGAUCUGGGAGUGGCAUUUCAAGCUGGAGAAGUCACCAAGCUUCUCAAAGCCUUUGAUCGGUGGGCUAACACUGGUCGUUGGGCUCUAGCUGGCACUCAGUCGGUGGAGACCAAUAUACAGGGAGUCCAAGGUGAGGUUGAGAAGCAAGCUCAGAAGUUGGAGACCAACCUCAAAGAGGGCUUUGAAAGCAUUGGAGGGUAUCUUCAAGAGGUGGUGAGACUCCUGGGGGAACGUCCAGUUACAAUGGGCGAAAGUGGGGCACCGCUGACGCCGGGAAUGCUAGGUGCACAUGGAGCGGGCGGGAUUUCCAAUACGGGUGAAUCGAUGUCAGUACCACAUGUUCAUGUCCCAACAGCUCCACCUGCUCCAGCAGUUCCACCUGCUCCAGCAGUUCCACCUGCCCCAGCGGUUCCACCACGUGCGGCAGAGCCAGUGUCACUCUUUAUGGCGUUCUGUCCGGAACAGCCGAAUGGGCCGAGACCAAAUGCUCCUCUUCCGAUCCCAACACCGUGCCAGCGUGUGGGCAUCGUUACCAGAGAUGCGGGAACGGGGGUGCAGAGGACAUUGUCACCGACGCCAUACCGUUCUGAACAAAUCAGCGGAAUCACCAGCAUCUGGGCUCCCCAGGGAUUGGGGAUGAUUCGUGAUGGGAAUUCCCAGUUCAGGAGGAUUUAUUGA